AUGUCAGGUGGUCCUGUUCCAGUCUAUAAAAAAUAUACCCAAGGAUCCAAGGGGAUAUGGGAAAAGAUUAGACAAGUUUUAACUUUGGUUCCAAAUCGUUCCUCUGGUAACCCUGUUGUUCCGUUAUACAGAGUUCCAGCUCCAGGUUCUCAACCAAAGGGUAAAUACUAUGAAGACCCAUACUCAUUACCAGCUGGUGACAUUCAAGGCAAUACCUAUUUCAAGAGAGAUGCUAGAAGAAAUUAUCCAAAAAUAUCAGCAUUUGACCAAACUAGAGUUUCCGGUCUAUUGAAGUUGGGUACAUCUACUGAUCCAAGAAUCUCAAUAGGUAAUACUGGAGAAAAAGAAUUACAAGUUUUCAAAGAACCAGAAGCUAAAAUAUACUUGUCUUCAUCAUUGAAAGCUGCAGAUGACCAAAUCAUCCAAAAACAAAUAUUAGGUCAAUAUGGUGUUGUGGUUGCACCUUCCUUAAACUUGUCCAAAAAGUCACAAGUUCGCAUAGUUAAAGGAGAUCAUGGAAUGUAUCCUGAGAACUAUCCUUGCAGAAUCUUUAAUUAUUAUUAG